CCCUGUCCCAGCAGGUAUUACUCUCUUGAGAAGACACACCCACGGUUAGCACUUUCUUCAGAUGCUGACACUUGGUAAACAGCUGCUUUUGAUCACAAGAUUUAGAAGAUAUAAUUUUCAUCCAGAUCGAAUCUCUUUUCGUAUGGAUCUUCUAUGUCUUUUUAAAAAGUAACUUUUCGGGAAACAUUUUGGAUUACAACUUUUCAUCCUCAUCUAUGCAAUGAAAAGAAAGCUGUUGUGCUGGGAUUUGAGGAGCUUUUCCUAAAAGGAUUCCUGUAUAUCUUAAAAGUGCUUGAGGAAGAGUAAUAAAGAUAGGCAUGAAGCCUCCGUCUUACAGCUGCAUGUGUAGUUACUAUUGAAGCAAAUGCCUACCUAACUUGACAGUCUUGGUGUGUUUAAAAUUUUUUGAGUUUGCAAAUAAGCAUAUUAAGUCUACUGAUGGAGCCUUCAGGCAGUGAACAGUUAUAUGAGGACCCUGAUCCUGGAGGCAAAUCCCAAGAUGCAGAGGCCAGAAAGCAGACAGAAUCCGAACAAAAGUUGUCUAAAAUGACCCACAAUGCUUUGGAGAACAUUAAUGUGAUUGGCCAAGGCUUGAAGCAUCUCUUCCAGCACCAGCGCAGGAGGUCAUCAGUGUCUCCACACGAUGUGCAACAAAUUCAGGCAGAUCCAGAACCUGAAGUGGAUCUGGAAAGCCAGAACGCAUGUGCUGAGAUUGAUGGUGUUCCCACCCACCCCACAGCUCUGAAUCGUGUCCUGCAACAGAUCCGAGUGCCACCCAAGAUGAAGAGAGGGACCAGCUUGCAUAGUAGGCGGGGCAAGCCAGAGGCCCCAAAGGGAAGUCCCCAAAUCAACAGGAAAUCUGGCCAGGAGAUGGCAACUGUUAUGCAGUCUGGCCGACCCAGGUCUUCAUCAACUACUGAUGCCCCUACCAGUUCUGCUGUGAUGGAAAUAGCUUGUGCUGCUGCUGCUGCUGCUGCAUGUCUACCAGGCGAUGAGGCUACUGCAGAGCGGAUCGAGCGGUUGGAAGUAAGCAGCCUCGCCCAGACUUCCAGUGCAGUGGCCUCCAGCACCGAUGGCAGCAUCCACACAGACUCUGUGGAUGGAACACCAGACCCUCAGCGCACAAAGGCUGCUAUUGCUCACCUGCAGCAGAAGAUCCUGAAGCUCACAGAACAGAUCAAGAUUGCACAAACAGCCCGAGACGACAACGUUGCUGAGUACUUGAAGCUUGCCAACAGUGCAGAUAAGCAACAGGCUGCCCGCAUUAAGCAGGUCUUUGAGAAGAAGAACCAGAAAUCUGCCCAAACCAUCCUCCAGCUACAAAAGAAGCUUGAGCACUACCACAGGAAGCUCCGAGAGGUGGAACAGAAUGGGAUACCCCGGCAGCCAAAGGAUGUCUUCAGGGACAUGCACCAAGGUCUGAAGGAUGUGGGAGCAAAGGUGACUGGCUUCAGUGAAGGCGUGGUAGACAGUGUCAAAGGUGGACUUUCCAGCUUCUCCCAGGCAACCCAUUCAGCAGCAGGGGCCGUGGUCUCAAAGCCCAGAGAGAUCGCUUCACUAAUUCGGAAUAAAUUUGGUAGUGCAGACAACAUCCCUAACCUGAAGGACUCUUUAGAGGAAGGGCAAGUGGAUGAUGCGGGGAAGGCUUUGGGAGUGAUUUCAAACUUUCAGUCAAGCCCAAAAUAUGGUAGUGAGGAAGAUUGUUCUAGUGCCACUUCAGGCUCAGUGGGAGCCAACAGCACCACUGGAGGCAUCGCUGUAGGAGCAUCCAGCUCCAAAACAAACACCUUGGACAUGCAGAGCUCAGGAUUUGAUGCACUACUACAUGAAAUCCAGGAGAUCCGGGAAACCCAGGCCAGAUUAGAGGAAUCUUUUGAGACCCUCAAGGAACAUUAUCAGAGGGACUAUUCAUUAAUAAUGCAGGCCUUACAGGAAGAACGAUAUAGAUGUGAACGAUUAGAAGAACAACUAAAUGACCUAACAGAACUCCACCAGAAUGAAAUCUUGAACUUGAAGCAGGAAUUGGCCAGCAUGGAAGAGAAAAUUGCAUAUCAGUCCUAUGAACGGGCCCGGGACAUCCAGGAGGCCCUGGAGGCAUGUCAGACCCGCAUCUCCAAGAUGGAGCUGCAGCAGCAGCAGCAGCAGGUGGUACAGCUAGAAGGGCUGGAGAAUGCCACUGCUCGGAACCUUCUGGGCAAACUCAUCAACAUUCUUCUGGCAGUCAUGGCAGUCCUUUUGGUCUUUGUCUCCACGGUAGCCAACUGUGUGGUUCCUCUCAUGAAGACUCGCAACAGGACGUUCAGCACUUUAUUCCUUGUGGUUUUCAUUGCCUUUCUCUGGAAGCACUGGGAUGCCCUCUUCAGCUAUGUAGAACGGUUUUUUUCCUCCUCCAGAUGAUGCUGGCAAAAGAAGGCAGUGCUCCCCUACCCUCUGGUGAGUGCAUGCAGCGAAGAAUUAGACAGCAACUUACCUACUCUGAAGUUUUCUACAACAACAAAAGAGUUGAGUGAAUCUGUUUACAUUUAGAAUAAUGUUUUUUUCUUCAAGAGACGCAAUUGCAAUAGUAUUUUUUAGAUUUUAUCCAAGAAGUUUUUUGGGCAAAAAUCUUGGAUCAUUUUUAUGUAGCAUGAUUUUCCUUGGGAUGCAAAUCUUAAACAGUCCUUUAACGUGAACCAACAAUCUGGAGCACACUGAAGGGCAUCUAAAUUGUGGCUUGAAGGACUGUACUAAAACCCACUAAAAAUAUGAGAAAACCUGAUUAGGGAAACCAGUUAAACCUAACACCCUGCCUUGUCUGGGCUCACCACCUCUCCCCCUCCCAGACUAACUUUACUGUGAAAUCCUACCACAUUCCUUGUCUGAAUUUUUGGAUUCAGGGUGGAUUUUUCUUGUCCGUGGAAGAACACAUGGAUCUCUCUGGCUUCCUCAAGUUGGCCACUCAUGCUAACCCUGGAAGUGUGGUCACUUUUGAACCUGGUCCCUUAACCUUUGCUAGGAUGCAAAAGUGAGAGCAUCAUGUUCCCACAGGAUCACUGCACAGUCCUACUACAGUAUUUUGAAGUAGCCCUCCAAAUACUUAAUUUUAAGCAAAAUCCCAUGGCCACACUUUUAAGGUUUUUUUAAAAUACGUGUAUAGUCACCAAUUAAAAAAAAAAUCCGAACAGCAUACUUGAAGAAUGUAAUACUCAAACUCUCAGUGCUUCCUUAUGGUUUCUAAUAGGAUUUUUUAUUAUUGUUAUUAUUAUUAUUGGGUUUUUUUGGAAAGGGUUGGGAGGGUCUUUUAUUUUUCCUUUGAAAUAAAGAAGUGAUGUUUUUAAAUGAAGAAAUGUGUGGAUAUUUAAGUGUGCUGCUCCCUCUUGUCUUGAAACAGUUUGAGUAAAGGAAGACUUGCUAUAAAUGCUGCCCUCUGAUGCCCUUGUUUUGUGAUGCAGCUUAAACUCUCUCCUCUGGCUGCUGCUGCUGCUUUUUGCCACCCCCACACCACCGCUUCAUGGGCUUGGCUUGGUUGGAGAGGAAAGGGGUGUGCAGGGAGAGGGGGAGGCUGUUUCCAUAAACCAGCAUUUUUUUUGCCCCAAGAAAAUGUUCACCCAGUGACCUUGAACUGGGGUUGUCUUUAAGGAAAAAAAAUGAGAUUAUAUUAUGAGAGUCAUAAAUAAUUCCUUAUGUUUCCUUAAUUUAUUUUUAACAUCCCUUAAUUACUGAAACCAAAGUGAUGUGGAAUCUUCUGUCUGCAUUUUGGCCCCAGCAUCCUUAAUUUCAAAGCUUUAUUUUGUCUGCCUGAGAGAAUUGAUUCUCCCUUAAGAGCAGAGACAGAAUAGUCAGGUUAGAAGGACCCAGGUUUGGGGUGUAAAAUGCUGUCAGCUUCCUAUUCAUAUAGACUGACUUAACAUAACUAUGCUCAGUGGAUUUUUAUAGACAAUUUAGAAAAAUGAACUGAGAUUUCUUCCCUAUCCUAUAACCAGUUCCACCAUCCUAGUAGAACUUGGGCUUUUAGAGCUUAUCUAGAAAACUUGGCUAAUCUUUUCAUAUUCAUGGUAUUGAAUCACAAAUGCUGUUCCCUCUUCGCCUCAGCUCUGUACCACCAAGUGAUGAGCCAGGGGCAUAUAAUAUGCUCCAGGAAGAGUAGCAGAGCAUGCUUUGCCUAUUUCCCUCAUUUCAGGAAAUUCCUUUGAAACUAGAUUAGCAUUGCCUUGUCCGCCUAAGAGCAUGGUUUACACCACAGCUCCAGCCUCCUGUGGCUUUGGCAAGCUGGCCUUCUCAGAGUCAGCAUGUUGUUUCCAUAAUCAUUUUGAUAUUUUAACUCAGGUACCCCAGUCUUCACUGCAUCCCCAGAUGAUUGUAGUAUACCUGUUAGCUCUGUUGACCUCUCAAAAUUAGUGCUCAGAGCAGAGACCACAGAGGUAAUUUUUCUUUUAAAAAGUAAUUGGAACCAAUUCAUGUUCAAGCCAAAAACAAAUUGUUCCCAAGCCUAUGUAUUUAAAAUGUUAACUUUGCCUAAAAAUAUUACAGUGACUUUAGGCAGACGUGCCAAAGGACACCAUGACCUUGUCGAACUAGCACAGUUUCUCCUUUUUGCUUUAGCUUAAUGACUCAGAGUAGAGAAGAGAGCCACGCAAAGUUAUUAAAAAGAUGUUCUAGCCACAGUCCUCCAGUUUUUGUAAGAUGGAACCUCAACUGUAUAGAGGCUACUAAGUUUUGUGGGCACUGGAAGUCACUGUGAUCGAUGGAUCGAAAUUGUUCCAUUUGCCUUGGGACACUUUCUAUCAAAGGAAGGUUUUCGCCUCUGGAAAACCCCCUGAGCUCCCAGCCAAACAUGCCCAUGCUAACUUUCCAUCAUCCUCUCUCAAACUGUCUUAGGAAGGACCUUUAGGCUAAGUCAGGCACAAUAAUGGCCUUCUAGCUUUCUUGUCCCCUGACUGUUCAUCAGGCCCAAAAGUUGUCUGCAUUUAAUGCUAUUUGUAACCUUGAAUCUGUUUUGAUGCCUUUCCCCCAUUUUCUGCUGCCCAUAACCUAUUGCCUUUGAGUUUCUUUGCGUUGUGGCUCUUCUUGGAUUCUCUGGUCUAUUCAGAUUUCUUCUAUAAUGGUUCAAUAAUUGUUCUGUGGGUGGAAACUUCCCCUCGCUUUAAUGCUUCUUCUCUUUUAAAGACUACGUGCAUUCCCUUUGAAACGAAGCAUUCCUGGAUUACUUGUUAGUAGAUGCGUGAGGCUGGUUGUGGUAACCUGGGUGACUCUUCAGGUUGUAGAACAACUAACAUUUUACCUUUUUUAUAAUUAAAGGGCACUUCUGUCUGCUCCAACUUUGAUUCCUUGGUAAAUAUUCAGUGCGUCCUAGCAAGGAAGGCUUUCUAUUUCAUUGACUCCUUAAGAAGCAAAAGUAGGCUCAGUUUUACACUUUGCUGACUGGGGUCCUUUCUCUCCUCUGUACCCCUUCUACCCAACUGAGGUAAAAAUCUGAUGCCAAGAAAAGCACUGGGAUCAAGCCUUCCUUGCUAGCCAUGUCUUGAUAAUGAGCAUAUUUUCAUGUUGUUUUCACUGCAUUUGGUUUUGUUUCUGAUUUCAUAUUCCUCUGAGGUAUAGUCAGAUUAAAUGCUGAAUUCCGAGUGAGUUCCAGUGAGGAGCUGCCUUUCACCUUUGGAAAAUAUGCAUCCAAAACAAAACCAAAUGUUAUGAUCAACAAAUUGACAAAGGCAAAAUUAUGGUUCCCACCCCCAACUGAAACUGGGGAUUUUGAAAGUGGCUCUAAGAGUUAACAUUUCUGUCUGUGUAUUGUGGAUGCUAGGUGAUACCCUUAGUAGGAUUGACUACUAGACUGUAAGUGUGUUUUAUUAAAGUAUGUAAGAAUAAAAACUCACUUGCACGAAUUGAAAAGUACAGAAAUGACACUUGUGAACGUGUGAACGUUAACACUGUAGUUGAUAGAUUUUAAGCUGCUAAUUGUGAGAGAGAAUUACAUUUAUGUUUUGUCUGUUUGCUGCAGAUUCUCAGCAGCACUUUUACUGUACAUACAAAUUGAAAUAAAGACCUCAGCUAUUAACGAGGUGGUUGGA